AUUAUUUUCUCCGCUCAAGAGAACGAAUCCUUGGCAAUCGACCCAACGGUACCCAUCCUUGUUUACGUCGCCGGAGAUCGGUAAAUCGUCUGUCGUUAGAUAAUGGCGACGUUUGAGCUAUACAGGAGAUCGACGAUAGGGAUGUGUUUGACGGAGACUUUGGACGAGAUGGUUCAGAGCGGUACCUUGAGCCCUGAGCUAGCUAUCCAAGUCCUUGUUCAGUUUGACAAGUCCAUGACUGAAGCUCUGGAGAGCCAAGUGAAGACCAAGGUGUCUAUCAAGGGGCACCUGCACACCUACAGGUUCUGUGACAACGUCUGGACCUUUAUAUUACAGGACGCAAUGUUCAAGAUUGACGAUCGUCAAGAGAACGUGAGCCGGGUCAAGAUAGUGGCAUGUGACUCUAAGCUACUCACGCAGUGAGAGAUGUAUUAGAUUUUGAGUUUUCUUUUUCACUUUGUAAACUCAGGCACUUGCUAUAUGUUGAGAGCUCCAUUUGCAGCCAUCAAUUUAGCCUUUUAUAUGUACAUUAUCGGCCCAAAGACAUAUGGGACUCCUCUUAAGAUUCACCAUCUCUCUCUCUCUCUA